AUGUCACAUGCAAAGUUGAGAGAGGAGCUAAAUGCUAUAGCGGAUAACCCAAUUCUUCUAAAGGACAUAUCCAUAGUAAGUGUUUUGUCUUAUAUUGUUAGUAAAUUUUAGUUACCACAAAACUACACAUUUGAAAUACCUAAAACAAUAUGGAAGAUAAAGGCGACUGGGUCCAAGAUAGUUGCUCUUCAAUUCCCGGAAGGUUUGUUGUUAUAUUCGUGCAUAAUCAGUGACAUUCUCACCAAACACACUGGAUGUGAGGUGAUCAUCAUGGGAGAUGUCACGUAUGGUGCUUGUUGUGUCGAUGAUUACACUGCUCGAUCUCUUGGCUGCGAACUUCUUGUGCAUUACGGCCACAGCUGUUUAGUUCCGAUUCAGGACACUCAAGGGAUUCAUUUGUUAUACGUGUUUGUUAACAUCAACAUAAACCUGAGCCAUGCCAUCGACUCCAUCUCACAGAACAUUGACAAGAACAAGAAGGUCGCUCUUGUCAGUACGGUGCAAUUUGUGACUUCAUUAAAUGUAAGUUUAACGUGAUUUUAUUAAAUUACGUAAACUUCGUUUCUAGGCAUUGAAGAAACAUCUGGAGAGUCUGGAUUUAAAGGUUUUUAUUCCACAAUGUAGUCCUUUAAGUCCAGGAGAAAUAUUAGGAUGUACAUCGCCUAAACUUCCAGAGGACACAGAUUACAUUUUGUAAGUCAUUAUAUAGUUUAAGUUUCAAUUCUUUGUAGAAUUAACAAUAUAUAUUUAUAUGUAUAUCUAAAUUAACAAAAAAUGUGAUAUAAUCGGCAUCUUUCCUGAUUAAAGUUGUGAAUUUAAUAGUUUUAGAUACGUUGGUGAUGGCAGGUUUCACCUGGAAUCUAUAAUGAUACAAAACCCCAACGUACAAGCACUACAGUACAACCCUUACAACAGAGUGUUAUCUGCGGAGGAGUAUGGCUACGACUUGAUGUUAGAGAAAAGGAAAGCAGCUGUUAAAGUUGCUGCCAAUUCAAAGAUAUUCGGAAUCAUUCAGGGAACUUUGGGACGACAAGGUAACGUCAAGAUAUUCAAAGAUAUGGAGGCAAAGUUGAAGGAAAGGAACCUAAAAUACGUUCGAAUUCUGAUGUCAGAAAUAUUUUCUCCGAAACUGCGGUUAUUCGACCAAGUGGAGUGGUAUGUUUUAGUUAUUUUCUCGUAUAAUACUUGUAUAUAUCAUGUCUAUACUGAUUUAAACCAAUUGUGUUUGUGUCUAAUCUGUUUUGUUUAAUAUUUAAGAAAAUUAAUACCUUUUUUCAGCUGGGUUCAGGUUGCUUGCCCUCGACUGUCAAUCGACUGGGGCACUUCCUUCGACAAACCUCUAUUGACUCCAUUCGAAUUGUCGUGGGCUCUAAACUACACAAGUAUACCGGACAAUGCGUAUCCGAUGGACUUCUACGCAUUCGAAUCCUUGGGACCGUGGACAAAUAACCACCCCAUACAUCGACCUCAGCGCGUUAGACGGAAACAUGUUCCACUUGUUUGA